CCCAAAUACAAUGUUGGAAAGUAGAAAGGAAAUGGAGGCUCAGAGACUUCCUUGUCCCCCUGCCUCGCUAGAAAAGCCUCCGGUUCAACUCUCUUGCCUUCAGGCCAUACCAGCAUCAGAUCUCUUGCUGAGUCCCAUGAUUCUCCAGCCAGAUCAAGCACUUGCUCAAACUGUAUACUUGAAAGCUCUGACUGUUCCAUUUUACCAGCCUAUUCAGUCAAACCACAAACUUUCCAGAGUCCAGACCAAUAUCAACAUAGACAACAGUAAUAUACCUUUAAUCCUCAACCCCCUUUUGAAUUCAGAAGGGACAGAUCAACUUCAGGCAAUCAUUCAGAAGCAACCUGGCACAAUAAACAUAGUCAGUCAUUUUUCAGUUUUGCCACAAAGUUCUUCUCCAUGUGCACCAGUUGGAAGCCCAGGGAAAUCCAAAAAUGCUGGGAAGUACCUCUGUAAACAUUGUGGGCGUGACUGUCUGAAGCCAAGUGUCCUUGAGAAACACAUGCGAUCACAUACAGGUGAGAGGCCUUUUCCAUGUACAACAUGUGGCAUUGCAUUUAAAACUCAAAGCAAUCUCUAUAAACACAGGAGAACUCAAACACACGUCAAUAAUGCUAGAGUGCCCUCAGAAUCUGACAGCAGUAGUCUAUUAGAAGAGAAUGAGGUGACUGAGAAAGUUGCAUUCUCCCAGACAACAACAUCCAAUGAUAAAAAUGGUGUCCACCCAAGCGCAAGGAUUAGACAUGCUGCUUCAGAGCCCAGUGUUGUGGUGACUAGCGACAAACAUAUUCUUGCUACUUCAUUAUCGGAAACACUCCUUGUUUCUGAAAGUCAAAGAAUGAAAACGGAUAACUCCUGUCAUGGAGAGAUAAAUCAGAAUGUCUUUGAAAAAGAGACCACCAGAGAUCCAACAGAUCUGCCUCAGAGAAGGAAGAUCCAGGAUCAAAGGUCUCCAAUAGGAAGCAAGCAGAAUCAGCUACAGAGACAGCAAGCGCUGUAUUCGGAGAAGCUGUGGAACAGCAGAUCUGUGGACACCAAGCUAAAAAAGUGUGAGAGCACCGACUCAGGUUAUCUGUCACGCUCCAAUAGUGUGGAACAUCAGAUUCCCUCUCCUGGCUUCCUGCACGGUCUUUGUGAACAUAGCACAAAAUCAGAAGAUGAUGCAGCCAUCACCAAUAAGUGCAUGGCAGACAGUUUCUCAAAAGUAGAUUCAACUGAGAAAGCAACAGGAGCUGUGACACUGGAGAAAAAGAGGUUGGAAGAGCAUAUCUCAAGGCUAAUCUCUCAUAAUAAAGCAGUUGUGGAUGAUGCCCAGUUGGACAGUGUUAGGCCCAGGAAAACAGUUCUGUCCAAACAAGGAAGCAUUGACUUGCCAAUGCCUUAUGUGUACAAAGACUCAUUCCAUUUUGACAUACGGCCUCUUGAUAUCAGCAAGAAAAAGAAUCUUCCUCUGCGCUCAGCCAAGUCUAUCUUCACUCCUGCGGAAAAGUCUAAGCCAUUGUUUUUUCACUCAGUCCCCACGCAGUUUUCAACAACAAUUGACUGUGUGCCUGUUACAAGAAGUAACUCUCUGCCUUUUAUUGAGAGUACAAAGAAGAUGCAGGACCAGGGAGAUAGUUCAAAAUUAUCUUCUUUCACUAGAGUGUCCCCAGAUGUAGGUUUUUCUGGCUUGCUGCAUAGCAGCAACUUAGCCACAGGUAUGACAAAUGUUCUUAACAACCACCCUCGGGCACUUGUCAGACAGGUGGCAGUAGAUGAUGUGCCACUGAAUUAUAUGAAUGAAUCUUCACCUUCUUUAGAAGAGAAAAAAAGUAAAAAGAAACCUGAGGCUGGGGUGGAAGGAGUGAACAGCAAGAAUAAGAAACCCAGUCAGAGAAAAUUAAAAAUGUUUUCUCAGGAAAAAUGGCAAGUUUAUGGGGACGAGACAUUUAAGAAAAUUUAUCAGAAAAUGAAAAGUGGCCAAUCAACCAAAAAACAAAAAGGUACUCUAACAAAUGUUUCAAGCGUUUAUUCAGAUAGCAAAGAAACUGCCUGUAAUGAGGAAAUUACAUUGUUGAGAGAUGGGAGAAGCUCCCUAACGGAAAAUGUAAUUUCAUCACAAGUAGAUGUUAUUGCAAAACCAAAUGCUGAAGUAUUGGAAAGCCAUUCCAUAGCUAGCCCUGUUUCUCACUCUGCUUUUUCACAGGGGAAUUCAGGAAGAUCUGCAGAAUUAAUAGAACCAUUGUGUUCAGUCAGUGAUUGUCAACAACACAGCAUGGCAAGUGAAACAUCACCUCUUGAACAUAGAUGCAGAGACUUGUAUGUUUUAAAACACAACCAGAGUGGCAAUAGUAAGGCUUUGCCUUUAAGUAAUGGCUGUGAAUUGAAAGUCCAACUUAAGGAAACUUGGUUAAACCUUGCUAGUCAGCAUGAUCAUGACUUAGAAGACGCACAUGGACGAAAGGAAUUUACUGAACGCGUCCAACAAUAUAAGGAUAUUGCAGCUAAUAGAAAAGGAUGCAGUGAGAAAGAAACCUUCCACCUUGGACACACAGCUUUAUCAGCACCACAAUGCAACACCAGGGAGCUGGUGUACGAAUCUCAGAGGUUACCCUCCGAAAGAAAAAAGCCUAAAGUGGAUAAACUGAAAAACAUGGAAAAUACAACAUUUAGAAACAGUAGUUCAACCAAUUCGGUUGUGAAACUGAUAGACUGUUAUAAUCUUAACAUAGUUGCUCCAGAAUCAGUAAAGCACUCAGGUAAGGGAGAAAAAUGGACAUUCAUGGUAGGAACACAUGCUUCAGGUAGCAGCAUGGAAUGUGAGGAAGGAAUCCAACAUUCUAUAACAGUAUCUAAUAAUAGGGAUUGUACUGUAAGUCUUACAGAUACAGCAAGUGUAUCUGCAUCUUCAAUUUCUGAACAAUUCAAGACUGAUGUAACAGAGAAAUGUACCAGUAAUUUGUCUGCUAUAAAAACACUGACAAAGAAAUCAUCUCCUCUAACAACAGGAACAGGAGAAUCAUCAAACUGUAGAGACUCAGCACCAGCAUCAACCCCUACUCAGCAUGUGGUAUGCAAUCAAGUGAUUCCCCACCUAAAGAAAAACGAUUUUCUUCCGAAGUACAUCUUAAAAUAUUCACAAGAAGGGAACAAUAUAGGUGUGCCAUUGUUUCUUACAGGAGAGCCAGAAAAUAUACCGUACGUUUCACUGCCAAGCAUGUCAACCAUCUCCCCGUAUCCUUCCUGUAACAAUAAGCUACUUGAUAGUAAUUCUGUUGAUGUAUCUUUGUGCCCUUUGCAAUUAGAUCUGAAUCAUCCAGCUAGAAGAAAAGAGCUAAAAUGGGAUAUGCAUACAAAGUGGACAUCUCUGGUAGCUUCCCCACCAGCUAUCCUUGAAGCAACAACAAUUACAACCAUGGUAGAUCGAAAAUGUCAUCUUCAAAGUGCAAGUAAGAAGGUGAAAGAUACAUGUAAAGGAGACAGAGACAGUUUGGAUGAUCAAAGAUUGAUAACAAAAGAGGAUGAAUGUGUAGUUGCUUGCACAUCACAUGCUCCUGGGAGGAAAGUAUGCUUUACAACUAUAUAUGCAGGAGGACUUUUCAUAUCAUCAGAUAUGACUGGGCAGAAUUCAGCCUUAAAGUUAAUACAGUCAGGGAAGAGUUCAGUAAUUUCACUCUCUUCGUUGGUAGAAAGGGCAGUUUUGUGUGAAGGCAGUGAGGAGGAAGUCAAGGAAUCACAAUCAGAGACAAACUCUUUGCCAGGAUUUGAGGACUUGCCCUCCUGUUCAGUGGGUAGUCCGGAAUGUCUUUGCCAUUCUUCCAGUGUGGUUUAUUGUCAUGUGCUCUGUCCUCAACCAAAGGAAUCUUGCUCUCGGCCCCAAUUAAGCGUAGAGUCUCAUGCAGGAAAGUUAAAAAUCCCAAGCCUGAAUCUAUCCUUCCCGACUCUAAAUGCGGAGCCUCAGCUGACGUGGUGUUGCUUAUCAAGAAGCCUCCCUCUUCCUAUUGAGCAGAAGGAGAUGAAAGAUUCUGCAUAUUCUUCCUUGUAUAUGAGCAAGAAUGAAAACUUCAUUUCAAAAUGCGGACUGUCCAUUUGCAAAAUGAAAAGCCACGGGAAGGCUACUAGCAAAGGCUGGAGAAUUGAAAGCCCACAAACACUAGUCUCUUCUCCACAAAGGCAGCAAAUAGAGAAGAAGUACUUUUUAAAUACUGGUGUUGAGGAGAUCUCUAAAAACAUCCCAGGGUUAGAAAAGAAAAAAGAAAAACUUUACAAAAGGAGAGAAAACAGAAACCUAAAAAGGCUAAAGGUGAAGAUCAACCCAAAACGGUAAGAAACGUAAGGUCUAGCCUUAAUUUUAGAAGAACAGCUUUUCUUUGACUAUGUUUGGCAUUCAAAACUGUACAACA